AUUUAUAUAUAUAUACAGCUCGGAAUCGUGGACAUUUUCGUAUUAGACCAUUUCCAUCGCCUCUGUUUCUCUCUCUAAAACAUCAUCUGCUGUUCUCUCUCCUUUCUCCAGCAGGAACCAUGAGCAUGACGAAGAAGAAAAAGCACGGCGAUGAAUUGAUCGGGGUGCAGAUUUUACAGGGGCUUAUCUUCCGGCACAACCGGCGGCGCCGCCUCCACCACCUGUUCCCUCUCCUCUCCGCAGUCUCCGGGUGUUUACUCCUCCUCUUUGCACUUGUUUUGUUUUUCUCCCCUCCCGUGUCCGACCACUACAGCCGCCAUCACCACCACCACCUCAAUCUCAACACAUCGUUUGAUAAAAGAGUGGAGGCUGACAUGAAUGUGGAGAAAGAAAAAGUUUUUCGCGUUCCGAUGAGUGGAGGAAUCGUGGGAGGAAGCAGCAGCAGCAGGUUGUGGACUUCAAAUGAAUCAAAUAUGUAUUAUGGGUGUAGCAAUGCCAGCGAUAACUUUUUAACUGCAGAAAUCAAUACCCAACCAAACAGGUACUUGCUCAUUGCUACUAGUGGAGGAUUGAAUCAACAAAGAACUGGGAUAGUAGAUGCUGUUGUUUCAGCCUAUAUCUUGAAUGCCACCCUCGUUGUGCCUAAGCUCGACCAAAAAUCUUUCUGGAAGGAUGCCAGCAACUUCUCCGAGAUUUUCGAUGCUGAAUGGUUUGUCAAUUACCUAUCGAAACACGUCAAAAUUAUAAAUAGUCUCCCAGUAAAGGCAGGGAAAAUCGUUACCACACGUGCUCCGAGGAAAUGCAAUCAGAAAUGCUACGAGACUCGUAUCCUACCCAUCUUUCAAAGAAAACGUGUGCAGGCUGUUCAGCUUACAAAGUUCGAUUACAGGUUGUCAAAUCGGCUCAAUGUGGAUUUACAGAAACUGAGAUGUAGAGUUAAUUAUCAUGCUUUGAGAUUCACUGAUCCCAUUCUUGACAUGGGUAUGAAAUUAGUUCAAAGGAUGAGAAUGAAAAGCAAGCAUUACGUUGCCUUGCAUUUAAGAUUUGAACCAGACAUGCUAGCAUUUUCCGGAUGCUAUUAUGGCGGUGGAGAGAAAGAAAUGAAAGAACUAGGUGCAAUAAGAAAGAGAUGGAAAACGUUACACACAAAAAAUCCAGAAAAGGAAAGAAGGCACGGGAAGUGUCCACUAAGUCCAGAGGAAGUCGGGCUUAUGUUGAGGGCAUUAGGUUAUGGAAAAGACGUUCAUAUAUAUGUGGCAUCGGGUGAAGUAUAUGGAGGUGAAGAAACAUUAGCACCUCUAAAAGCUCUUUUCCCAAACUUCCACACCAAAGAGACUAUUGCCAGCAAGGAAGAGCUAUCAGAAUUUUCAUCAUAUUCAUCACGCAUGGCUGCGUUGGACUUUAUUGUUUGUGAUGAAAGCAAUGUUUUUGUUGCCAAUAACAACGGAAACAUGGCCAAAAUCCUUGCUGGAAAAAGGAGAUACUUUGGCCAUAAACCGACAAUACGCCCGAACGGUAAAAAGCUUUACAAGUUGUUCCGUGAUAGAGAUAACAUGACAUGGGAUGAAUUUGCAUCGUUAGUUAGAACAUCACAGAUUGGUUUCAUGGGAGAACCAAACGAGGUAAAGCAGGGGAGGGGUGAGUUCCACGAACACCCAUUGUCUUGCAUUUGUCAAAAAGAUUCUGAAUCAAGGGUUGUUGGAGAUUCAGGAUAUGAUGAAGAAGGGUUUUCAGAAGACGAACAAGAUUUGUCGGAAACAGAUUAUACAGAAUACGAUAAUGGAAAUCGAGACAGAACAGUGUUAUCACCAAAUAGAAGAGAUUCUGGUUUAUUCUUGAGACCUGAACUGGAAGAAAUCAUUUCAGAUUGAAACACACAACAACAUUUUUUAUAUGUUGUUUAGGAGCUCAAGAAAGGCAGCCUAGUGUAGAAACUAAACAACGCUGUACAUAUAUGUGGCCUUAAUUUGCCACCAUAGGAUCGGAGGAGUUUAUUCUUUUUUGUAUGUUGAGGUGCAGUGGUUCUGAGGCAAGAUGACGAGCUGCACGAUUUAUUUUGUGUAAUUAUAUAAAUAAUUGUUCUCUCUUAUUACAUAAUUGUUGCCUUCAACAAUUUGAAGGCAACAAUGUUAACUGUUAA